ACAGGAAUGGCCAUUUUGUACCGAAGCGAUGAUUUUGUCAAGUGGACAAAGUAUCCGGUGAAUUUACUUGAGGCAGAAGAAACCGGAAUGUGGGAAUGCCCUGAUUUCUUCCCGGUUUCCAUCACUGGUAAAGAAGGUGUAGAUACUUCGGUGAACAAUGCUAACGUGAGGCAUGUCUUGAAGGCCAGUUUUGGAGGCAAUGAUUGCUAUGUCAUUGGUAAAUACUCUUCUGAGAAUGAAGAAUUUUUAGGGGAUUAUGAGUUCACUAAGACGAGUGCUGAUUUGAGAUAUGAUCAUGGAACGUUUUAUGCCUCGAAAGCGUUUUUCGAUAGUGUUAAAAAUCGGAGGAUCAACUGGGGAUGGGUUGUAGAGACUAAUAGCAAAGAAGAUGAUUUCAAGAAAGGAUGGGCUGGCCUUAUGGGAAAUGUGGCUGGACACAAGUGGAAAGAGGCUGAUACAAUGGCCAAUUGAGGAAAUCAACCAUCUCCGGACCAAAAGUGUUAAACUCGAUUCCUGUGAAAUCAAAACCGGAGCGCCCAUUGUAAUCUCUGGCAUCACUGCUGCCCAAGCCGACGUGGAAGUGACUUUUAAUCUGCCAUCACUGGAAGAUAACCCCGAAAUACUGGAGGCUGAUCAUGUUGAUGAUGCGACUCUGUUCGAUCGUGACAGCUCUGUUGGAUGCGUUUACGGGCCUUUUGGAUUGCUAGCAUUGGCUUCCCAUGAUUUAUCUGAACAAACCGCAAUCUUUUUUAAAGUCAUCCGACGUGGAAACGGAUAUGCAGUUAUAAUGGGCAGCAACGAGAAGAGGUCUUCGUUGAGAGACGGCGUAAAAAAAUCUUCGCAUGGAACAUUCGUAGACAUUAAUCCAAGGCAGGAGAAAAUCUCAUUAAGAUGUUUGAUCGAUCACUCGAUUAUAGAGAGCUACGCAGCAGGAGGAAAAAGUGUGAUAACAUCAAGGGUUUAUCCCAAAUUGGCAAUUGGUGAAGCAGCUAAGCUUUAUGUGUUUAAUGAUGGAGCAAAUGGUGUGAUCAUGACGUCUCUGGAAGCUUGGAGCAUGAGAAAUGCCGAAAUCAAUACAAACACAACUUAUUAAUUAAUCAUUUAAUAAUGAUAAUAUUUAAUAAUGAUCUUUGGACUGCAGUAAAGAUAUUUUUGUGUCUUUAUCAUGACCUACUGCUGAAUGUUCUUUUGUUAUCAAGUUAUUGGUGUGGUUAUUGUCGUUUCCUUGAGUAAACUAUUGUCAGCCUUCUCAUUUUUCUAGUGAA